ACCGAUUCAAACCCCAUGUUACAACACAUUUAGUGAACAAUCACUUUACUUCAUGAAACUGAAUGUUUCAGCUGUUUGUCUUACAACAUAAAAGUGAUAUCAUAAUAUUUAUUCAGGAAAUCAUGAACGAAUACUUAGUGUGCCUACUUACGGGUUUUAAACGUGGUGAAAAUCUUCAGCUGGAAAUGCCAUAGUUCUGAUGUUAGACAGUGUGUAUUAAUAAACUUUCAUUACAAUGUGUAAAUAUAAUGGACACUUUGUCUUGUUUUUAUAUUUAUUACAGUGUUGCAUUUGUAGAGUUGAGUUAAUUUACAGAGGUCAAUGCGGUUAUAAGCAAUGUCCUCAAACGAGAGAAGGAGCUCUCAACGUGCACCUCAUCCCUCACUCCCACAUGGACGCGGGCUGGGUCAAGACUUUCGACGAAUAUUAUUAUGGAACUAGGACCCAGGUCAGCACAGCAAACGUGCAACUAAUAUUCCACUCUGUAUUGUCAGAACUACUUCACGACAAGAAUAGAAAGUUCACAUUUGCGGAGUCAGCCUACUUCUGGCGAUGGUGGAAGGAGCAGCGGCCUUCCAUGAGGAAUGUGUUCAGGACCUUGGUUCAAGAAGGACGAAUUGAAAUAGCGGGAGGGAGCUGGGUGCAAAACGAUGAGGCCACUGCCGAUUAUGAAGCCAUUAUUGACAGUUAUACCUGGGGUCUAAGAAAGAUAAACGAUACCCUUGGUCCCUGUGCUAAGCCCAAAGCAGCGUGGCAGAUAGACACAUACGGACACAGUCGCGAACAAGCCUCCUUGUUGGCUCAGAUGGGCUAUGAUGGACUGUUCAUAUCAAGAGUUGAUUACAAGGAGAGGGAAGCGAUGAUUGAUGAGGACCGACUUGAGUUUAUGUGGAGGGGGAGUGAUUUACUUGGUAAAAUGUCCGAUAUAAUGACACACACUCUGUUCAACCUCUACAACCCUCCCGAGGGGUUCUGCUUCGACUUCCUCUGCAAUGAUGAACCCAUUAUGAACGAUCCUGAGAGCAAUAUUUAUAAUGCUGAUAAAAGGGUGAGCGAAUUCAUAGCCCAUAUUGAGCAUCAAGCAAAAUACUAUGACCAUGACAACAUCGUGGUGAUGAUGGGCGGAGACUUCGCCUAUCAGAGCGCGGCCAGCUGGUUUAUGAACAUGGACAAACUUAUCAAUCAUGUCCACAAGCAUUCAGCGAAUCUAUCGGAUAUCAAUAUUUUCUAUUCGAGUCCAUCUUGCUAUCUAAAAGCCAUUUAUUUGUAUGGGAGACGAGAUAAAACGAUGCACACUGAGAAGGGAGACUAUUUUCCAUACGGCACCGACGCUCAAACAUACUGGAGUGGAUACUACACCUCCCGCCCCAGUCUCAAGUAUCUUAUCAAGAGAAGUCAUCAGUUCCUGCAGGUUUUCAAACAACUCUCUGUGAUCACCCGUUUCGAUGACUCUUACGAACUCCACCUACUUCGUCAUGCCGUCUCACUGGCGCAUCAUCACGAUGCUAUCACAGGGACAAGUCAACAGCACGUGGCCAACGAUUUCAUCAGGAUCUUGACAGAUGCUCUAGAUGCUAGCAUGAAAAAGGUUUCUGUAAUGCUAAGCCACUUGACUCCAAGUUGGGGUGGCAGCCGAAGGACAAAGAACCAGCAGCAAUUCGUCGUUUGUCAUGAUCUCAAUGUCAGCCAAUGUAUAUUCAGCGAAACCCAAGACACUCUACUGCUUCUGCUGUACAAUCCGUCCAGCGUGAAGACCUACCACUUCGUGAGACUGCCGGCGACCAUGCUCAGCUACUCCAUCAAGGAUGCUAAUGAUGACGACGUAGAGUACCAGCUGCUGCCGCUCCCGCCGCCCGUCAUCAACCUGCCGGGGCGCCGCUCCGCCGCCCUUCAGGAGCUGGUGUUCGAGGCGGAGAGCGUGCCCGCCCUGGGGUACGCCUCGUUCUACGUCACUGCUGUGCAUGAUGCUGUGAAGGAAACAGCUUUCACAAAAAAUACCAACUCAGAGGAAAAUCUGGACAAAGUAUACUGCAUAUCAAAUGAGUACAUCAGAGUGCACGUGAACAAGGACACAGGUCUGCUGGAGACCCUCCAGCACCAGGACGGGGCGAGGGUGCAGGUGUCACAGAACUUUUUCUACUACAGCCAGACGACUGCGCCGGUGCAUUCUGGGGCUUACAGCUUUAGGCCUGGAAGUCUUGAUGCUGUGCCGGUAUCAGACAAAGCCUCGAUCCACACCAUCCGCGGCCCGCUAGUCAAGGAGAUCCGCCAGCGGUUCUCUGACUGGGUCUCUCAGGUCAUUAGGCUCUACCGCGGCGAGGAGUUUGUGGAGCUGGAGUGGGUCAUCGGGCCUGUGCCGCUUGGGACUGACCUUGGCAAGGAGGUGGUGUCGAGGUUCAGCACCAACAUCAGCAGCCAGGAGUUCUUCACCGACUCCAACGGACGCCAGAUGAUGAGGAGGAGCUGCUGGAAUGAGACCAACACUGCGGAAAAGAAGCAGAAGUACCUUCCGUCCUGCUACUACCCGGUGACGUCGCGCAUCUGCAUCCAGGGGAACGACUCCAGCGGCCUGUGCGUGCUGGUGGACCGCAGCCAGGGGGGAGCCUCGUACCGGCCGGGGGAGGUCGAGGUUAUGGUGCACCGUCGUCUGCUGACGGACGACGGGUUUGGUCUGGAAGAGUCCCUGAACGAGGAGGAGGGCGGCGUGGGCCUCAUCGUGAGGGGGAAACAACGGAUCGUGUUCGGGAGGAGGAAACCUGAAGAUAAGCAGUCGUUCUUCGACCGAGCCUCCCAGGCGGCGCUGCGGUGGAAGUACGAGCCCUGGGCGUUCCUGGCUAGCGGUGACCGGAUCAACCGACGCAAGUGGGCCAAUGUCAGGAACAAGAGGUUCUCCUCCCUCCACUCGCACGGGGUCCCCCCGCGCGUGCACGUGCUGACGCUGGAGCCGUGGCGCGGCGGCGCCGUGCUGCUGCGGCUUGAGAAUACGGUGACGGAUAAUAGCACUCAGGAUCCUCCGCCACCGAGCAGUCAUGAAGACUCAACACCAGCAGAAGCCGGCACAAUCACGGUGGACCUCCGCAAGUUGUUUCUGCAGCGCCACAUCACAUCAGUGAGGGAGACCACGCUGGCUGCCAACCAGUGGCUAGAUGAGGCACGGCAGAUGGACUGGUCUUCCAGAUACAUAUACAGCGGUGGGAAUGAUGCAUUCGGAUUAGAAGAUGUACCUGAUGCCUAUGGGAACGAUGGACAUGUCAUUGAUUACGACGACACUUAUAACUAUGGACAGCGAAAACAACGUGAGUCAGUUGAUAAUGAAAAUGAAAUGGAUCACUCUAUGAGGAACUACGAAAUUAAAUCUAGAAGUAAACGCGAAAGCAAUAAAGUCACACCUGAAAACGUAAUAAGGAACAGUGGUUUGGAAGAAUAUGAAACAAGACAUAUUUUGAAAGAUGUCACAGAAGAUCAAGAUGAUGUAACGAAAUCAAUUUACGAAAUGUAUUACAAAACAAACUCUUGGUACUCCAGAAAAAAUAAUGAAAGAACAGUUCAUAGAAAAUUAAACUCUAACAAGGCACCUAUUUUGAGUCCCUUCAAAAAUAGCCAUAGUAAGAAUUUUGAAAACAGGAGUAAUGGAGAAGAAUUAUUUAAUGAACAUUCAUUUGAAAGUAAAAUAAAACACGACUCAUUAGAGCCAGACUUCAACUUGAAUAGAAAGAGACGAGAAAUUCUUAUCGAGAAAGAUAACUUAUUCAAUAAACCGAAACGAAGCCAGACCAAAUCACUUGGCGCAUUCAUGCCUUUCUUUAUAACCGAUGAAAAACUAGACCGCAGACUAAGAGAACACAGGAAGACAGAAGCUCAUAGACAAAUAAGUGCCGAAGAAAAUUCCUCGCCACUAGUCAAGGACAUGUUUGUUAAGAAACUAGAUACGAAAGCCAUAAAACGUAGUUUUGACGAUGACGACUAUGAUUCGGAUGAAACGCCAAAAAUAAAAUAUAACCCUCCACCAUCCGCAACGAAAAUUGUAUCGACUACAACAGCAACAGUUCGAAGCACUACCAUUGAAGAAGAACUUAUACAGUCAGAUGAAGAAGAUGUAGAAACAACUAAAUCGUCUACAAUCUUAUCAACUACUAAGGUGACUACAGAAGCCUCUAACUCGUCACCCACGUUAACUAGUACCGAAACACCUGUAACAACUGUACAACAAAAAUCAUUUAGUCUUAGAAGAAUAGCUCGAGUUACCGAGCAGACACAAUACAACAUUUUUGAUGAUGAAGAUAAAUUCCGCGAUAGCAGUAAAGAGGAGAAAGGUUACAUACCAUCUAAAUCUUUCAAAGGACUAUUUUCUGAUGAUGAAGCAAAGAAGCAAUCAUCCACUAAGGUCUAUCAAUUGAAUGUUAAAAGUAUAUUUCAGAAAAAAUAUGGUGAUAAAACUGAGUCAUCUACUGAGCAAUCAGAAAAGCUAUCAACCCCUUCAAAAAUUUCAUCUUACUCCACAACAGAUGAGAUUGAUUUAAAAUUGAAAGAGUUUUUUGAGAAUAACAUCAAAAUUGAUUCAAAUGAUGAUAAACAUGCAAAUGUACCAGCUCUUAAUACAGCCGUAACUGACAAAAUUAUGGAGCAAAAUCCCACUGAACCUGAAAAAGAGGAAAAGAAAGGUAGUCGGAAGACUCAAAGAGAUAUUAAAUAUAGAAGUGAUGAGAAUGAAGCCAGAGCUGCUGCAGACCAAAUCACAGAUGACAAUGAAUAUCAUAAUGCCGAAGAGGACUUUUCAAACAAAAGAAGGAAAAGAGCAAUUCCUGUGAAGAAAAGAGAAGAAAUCAAGGAUACAAGCGAACCCGAGGCAGAAGAUGAGCACUUCAUAGUGACGCUGCGGCCGACGCAAAUACGCACUUUUGUCAUUAGAUUUAAGUCAUAAAUUCCAUCUACACCUAUUUUUCAGACGUACUUAGUAGAAGUAGACCUAAACCAUCAUACUUUAGCGGUAGGUAACUACAAGGAUGUUGCUUACAUCUUUAAAAAAAUAGGAAAGUCUAAUUUUAGUUAUAUUUAUGAAAUAAUUGUGAAUAUAAGUAGCUAGGUUGCUACACUUGCUAGGCAAUUAGCCAAUCUAACCAAA